AUGCAAAUCGUGAAGGAUUUGCUGGACGAGUUGUUCCUUUGGUUCUGCCAUCUGAUCAUCGAUACCUUCUUCCGUGAAGUCCGGGUCCGUGGCUCCUAUAAUUUGCCUUCCAAAGGGGCGACCCUUGUGGUGAUCGCUCCACACCAUAACCAGUUCCUGGACGCAGCAAUUGUUACACAUGCCAUCCACAAGAUAAACGGACGUCGCACGCUUUUCAUUGAAGCCGCUGCUUCUAUCAGAAGGCCCGUUAUAGGCCAACUAAGUAAAUGGAGUGGAGCAAUUCCGGUGGAAAGGGCGCAGGACCUGUUGACCAAUAAGCAGGGUAAAAUCCGUUACGAGGAUUACAGCAACGAUGAAUUGACCAUUGUCGGGGAAGGGACGAAAUUUACCACCGAUUGCGAGGUUAAAGGGCUGAUUGGACUCCCCGAAAGUGCGGGAAACCAGAAAAUAGCAGAAAUUAUCAGUGACACUAAGCUGAGACUUGCCAAGCCGAUGACCAAAUCCAAGGGUAUCGAGAUGCUCAUACGCGGAACCGCCUAUAAGAGUGCCCCUAAAGUCGACAACCACGACGUUUUCAAAAUGGUCUUCCAAAGACUCAAGGAAGGCGAGCUCAUUGGAAUCGCAAGCGAGGGCGGCUCUCACGAUCGUACCGAGCUUCUGCCAUUAAAGCCUGGGGUUGGAAUUAUGGCAUUGGGCACGGUUGCGGAAUAUGAAGGCACUGAAGUUAAUAUUGUCCCGUGCGGAAUGAACUAUUUCCAUCCACACAAAUUCCGUUCCAGGGCAGUUUUGGAAUUUGGAGAGCCGAUCAAGGUGGGCCCUGAGGAGGCGAGUGCCUAUAAACAGGAUCCAAGAAAAACUGUCGACGCACUUAUGGAAAAUAUCACCACCGCUUUGAAAUCUGUGACCACUCAAAGUCCGGACCUCGAAACGUUGCAAGUUAUCCAGGCUGCGAGAAGACUGUACUCCAAUCCAAGCAGGCCUCUUCCAUUACCCCUGGUUGUGGAAAUGAAUCGGAACCUGCUUAUUGGAUACAGCAAAUUCAAAGAUGACCCAAAGAUUAAGCAUUUGAAAGAGAGUGUGACCGGCUAUAACAAACGACUGGCGUACUUGGGAAUCAAAGACUACCAGGUGGAAACAGUUACCAAAAACCGCUGGCGUACGUUAUUUUUACUUACAACGCGGUUGGUGCGACUACUGGUGUUGCUGGUGUUGAGUCUUCCUGGCACAGUGCUAUUUUCUCCCGUUCUCAUUGCAUGCAAAGUUAUAUCAAGGAAAAAACAGAAGGCCGCUUUGGCUAACUCGAGUGUCAAGAUCAAAGCCAUCGACGUUCUGGGGUCAUGGAAAGUCCUUAUCGCUUUAGUGGCUGCACCAAUAUGUUACUUUAUCUAUUCUGCAAUUGGCACCGUGCUUGUCUUCAAAUAUGAGUUGGUCAGAUACAAUUCCUGGAAUGUUCUUGUUACUUUCGCUUCCUGGUGGGCUCUGCUUGUUUCCACCACGUACGCUGCAUUUGUGAUGGGAGAAGUUGGUAUGGAUAUUUUCAAAUCCAUCAGACCGUUGAUCUUAUCUCUUUCUCCAAGAUCCACUGAUUUGGACGAAUUACGGAAGGAAAGGCAACGUCUCUCUGCAGAGAUUACAGAGGUGAUCAACGAACUAGGACCUAAAGUUUUCCCAAAGCUGGACAAGCACAGCCUGGCUCGGUUGGAGAAAGAAUACGAAGCAGAGGUAGAAGACUUACGCUCAAGAUCCAGAUCAAGGUCCCAGUCUAGAUCGAGAUCGGGAUCUCGGUCAUUAUCGCGUGCGUCAACUCAAUCCGGAUUUACCGAAAAUACAAUGCCAAACCUAUCGGACGUCUCCAUCUUUCCCGAUGCGUUGCAGCUCAGGGAUCAGUCAAGCUUAAGUCCAACAUCGAGCAGCUCCAGCUUUGUGCAUCUUGACAGCGCUGACAAGAUUGCAGCAAGUGGAGUGAAUGAUCACGAUGCAAGCCUGCUGUCUAAGGUUAGAAAUGCGGUUUUGAAAAAACGCAAUGAGGAGGCCAGACUAGAAGGAGAAAAGUCGGAUUAA